AGUAUCCAGUUUUGCGCGUUUGUUCAAAGAUAAUGAAUAUUGUUUAAUUAGUUUUUAGUGCAUAAAAUGCAAGAAAAUGAUGUUAAAAUAAUAUAAAUAAAACUGUGUGCCAAAAACACCAAAGUGUGUGUGUAUGUUUAUCAGAAUUUAAUUGUUGCUAAUUGACAAAAAAAACAUAUUCCGCUGAGUGGCUUUUGUAUAUGUAUGUAGGCUAGGCUGAAUUUCGUUUUAUCAUUCUAUUUCAUCAUGAACAUAUUGUGUUUAUACAUGAAAAUUAAUGUAUUGUGUUUAUUUAUCAUCAAUUAUUAAACAAGUAAUUUAACUAUGAUUCCGUCAAAUAUGUAAAUAUAUUUAUAAAUACCAAAAUAUUAUUCAAACGUCAAUCUAGCUUUGUUCUAGAUUCAUAUCUCGCUCGUUUUACUAAUUUAGUAAUUUUUUAAAAAAUUACUAUCAAUAUUUCCAAAAGCAUCAUCAAAAUGUGGACUUCAUCAUAUCAAAAUCAGAAUCAACAACAAAAUCAACUACCACAAUCGAAUCCCAAUUUACGUACAUUGGGUAUGACAUCAGCGAUAUCGACAGCAGCGCCUAGACCAUUAGAUAUACAACGUACUAAUGAAUUAGAUAAUGCAUUACGACCACAUGAUGUGUUUGAAACUGAAGAGGAAUUAACACAUCGAAUGGAAAUAUUAGGCAAAUUAUAUGGAUUAGUAAAACAGUGGGUUAAGAAUGUUAGUGUUAGUAGGAAUAUGCCAGAAAGUGUUGCUGAAAUGGUUGGGGGUAAAAUAUAUACAUUUGGUAGUUAUCGAUUAGGUGUACAUCAUAAAGGUGCUGAUAUUGAUGCCUUAUGUGUUGCACCUAGGCAUAUUGAUCGAUCUGAUUAUUUCACAACAUUUUUUGAACUUUUAAAACAACAACCAGAAGUUACUGAUUUACGGGCAGUUGAAGAAGCUUUCGUACCAGUAAUAAAAAUGAAUUUUGACGGAAUAGAAAUUGAUAUGUUAUUUGCUCGACUUGCCUUAAAAGAAAUACCAGAUACAAUGGAUCUUAGAGAUGAUAAUUUGUUAAAAAACUUAGAUCAAAAAUGUGUUAGAAGUUUGAAUGGAUGCCGAGUAACUGAUGAAAUAUUACGAUUAGUUCCUAAUAUAGAAAAUUUUCGAUUGGCACUACGUGCUAUUAAACUGUGGGCUAAAAAACAUGGUAUUUAUAGCAACGCACUGGGCUACCUUGGUGGUGUAUCGUGGGCUAUGUUGGUUGCACGAACAUGUCAAUUAUAUCCAAAUGCAGCAGCUGCUACACUAGUACACAAAUUUUUUCUUGUAUUUUCUCAAUGGAAAUGGCCACAACCGGUGCUUUUAAAACAACCAGAUAAUGUUAAUUUAGGGUUUCCUGUUUGGGAUCCACGAGUAAAUAUUAACGAUAGGUAUCAUUUAAUGCCAAUAAUUACACCAGCUUAUCCUCAACAAAAUUCCACAUUUAAUGUAUCCAUUUCCACACGAACAAUUAUUACAGAGGCAUUUAAGCACGGUCUUGAAUUAACUGAUGAAAUAAUGAUGGGUAAGCAACAAUGGUCGCGUUUGUUUGAAGCACCUAUGUUUUUUACCAAAUAUCGUCAUUUUAUUGUACUUUUGGCGAGUGCGACUACUGCUGAUGAACAACUUGAAUGGUGUGGAUUAGUGGAAUCAAAAGUUAGACAUUUAGUUGGUAGUUUAGAAAGAAAUCAACAUAUAACACUUGCACACGUAAAUCCAGAAUGUUUUAAUAAACCAGAACAAGAAGGUACUGGAUUAUGCACAAUGUGGUUUAUUGGUUUAGUGUUUGCAAAGACUGAAAACUUAAAUGUGGACUUAACGUACGAUAUAAAAACAUUUACGGACGCUGUACAUCGACAAGCAAAUAAUAUAAAAAUGUUUAAAGAAGGUAUGAAAAUUGAAGCGCGACACGUGAAACGAAAACAAUUACAUCAAUAUCUUUCACCGAGUUUAUUAAAACGUGAACGGAAAACGUCGACGGGCUCAGCAAUAUCCACAACACCAGUAACAAUUAAUAAUACGGUAACCAGUAAUACAACGACCGCAACAAAUAAUACGCAACAAGCGAUUAAUAAGAAUGGUAUUGAAAGUCGUAAACGAUUAUCGGAUAAUACGGUUGACUUUAAUAUGAAAAAAUCAAGAUUAUCGGAAGAAAUACCAUCGAAUUAUGAAGAGAGCCCGAAUAAUUCAAUCAAUGUACAUUGUAAUGAAGAUUCAUCGAACAGUGGAUUCACCACACUCGAAGAAAAUAGUAAUACAUCUACAUCAGAUAUUUUAAAACAUGAUCAACAACAAUCGACAUCGUCCACCAAAUCAGUUGUAGAAACGACUAAUGAUACGAUUCAACAACAUACCGGACCACCGCCAUCGUAUGUUUGUACAUGACGUAAAAUUAUGUUACAACAUCAUAACAGCAUCAGAACAUAGAGAAAAAAACACAAAGUGAAAAAAUUAAUUAUAGGGAGUAAUUCGUCGUUCUCGUCAUCCUUGUUUAAUAAUUAAGUCCUUCGUGAAAAAAGCCACUUUCAUCCUAGUUUAUAUUACGUAUAUAUAUUUUUUUAGCAUCGUUAUUAAUUCAUAAUAUUAAACUCACAACAUUGGUACCAUUUCUCAUUCUAUUGGGUUAGUUUAGUCUUCGACCAUUUUCUUUUUUUUCUAAACACAUUUAUCCUUUGUAUAUUUGUGUCGGGGUGUAUCUUUUUUUAAAACCUUUCUAUCCAAUAGAUACAUAAUUCUUUCAUUAUUAGAAAAAUAUAAAAAAUACGGAUCAUCUCCGGUUGACCAAUUUCCUUCGCACAUGCAUACAUAAAAAUCAUAAACUACUUGAACAUUUUUUAUUAGUUUUGUAAAUAA